GAGUUUCUUUGUUAUCCUUAUCUCCCAUGUGACCCACACGUUAGACAACGGAACGAGGCCAAAAGCAAUCGCACAAAGAAUUCCACAUUUAUAAUUGUACCAAGUCAACCAAACGUCCCAGCCCAAGUCUUCCUUUUCAUCAACUUCUUUGAAUUUUAUGGCUACGGAGGGGAAGUCCGCUGCUCCUCUGCACCUUCAUCUUCCCUAAAACAACCUAACUUGGAUCCUGUGAUUCUCAAUUCCCCAUCACCCACCAAAUAAGAUAACUAGAUUUGGUAGCUUUCCCCAUCUCUCUCCUCUAUUCAGAUCGAGAAAGGCCCAUUUUCUGGUUCAUCAAAUGAAUUUCCAGAUCUUUUCUUCGUUUCUCUCCCUCUUCUCUAUCAUUGAACUAUUGGUUCUCAUUCGAAUUCCUCUAUGUUUAUGCCACGUCGAUGAAUUAUACAGCCAGUGCGAAAAAAAGUUCAGCUGUGGCGACACUAUCAAGGAUGUGGGUUAUCCUUUCUGGGGAGAGGGUCAAAGGCCCAUGAAAUGUGGGCUUCCAGGAUUUGAGCUCAUUUGCGAUGAGAGAAGUAAAAUCACCACCAUGCCCAUCAUGGGAGUUACAUACCGGGUCAUCGAACUGGGGUAUCCAAUUCUUAAAAUUGCAAGAGAAGACGUGUUGGAGAUGCCGGAGGGAAGUUGUCCAACAUAUCUAAACGAUUCCAUCCUUGAUUUGCAGCACUUCGAUUAUCAUCCUUAUCAUGAUGAGUACGUAAACAUUACCCUGUUGUACAACUGCCCUGCUGCAACUACUGGCGAACCCCUUAUUGAAAUUCACAAACCUUGCAAAAUCAAUGAUUCUAGUUAUACCAGCGUUUUGCCAAUACCCCAACCCCAAAGCCAUGCUCGACGUUUUCCUAAGUGCAUCGUUGGCAUCACCUUUCCAAUUCGACAGAUUGACCUUAAAGAACUGGGGGAUCUACUGGGAUUGAGUGGAGUACUGCGACGUGGGUUCGAGGUGAUGUGUAAAUUGAAGGAGGAUGAGAAGAACGCAUGUGAGGAGUGCAUGCAAUCAAAUGGGCUAUGUGGAUACGAUUACCACUCCAAUCAAACCGCUUGCGUUUGUCCCAACCCGCCCUAUUUUUCUGACACUAAAUGCGCUGCCUCAACAGAGCCCAAAGGGAAGAAGUCUACGAAGUGGCCACUGGUCAUCGGGGCUGCCGUGGGAGCUGCGGCGUUCAUACUCUGCGUGGCAUUCUUUGUUAUUUGGCGAAGAAAACAACUGGCCGCUCAAUCCAAAAGCAAGGACCUUUCCACCACUCCCCCGUCCAGCAAUGACUUCCCCAGGCGGCCUGCCCACAAUUUUCUUCAAACCCUCGGUUCUUAUCCCUACACCACGAAAUCUGACCUUGAAAACGGCAGCACGUACUUUGGCGUGCAGGUCUUCACCUACGCCGAACUGGAAGAAGCCACCGAUAAUUUCGACUCUUCUAAUGAACUUGGAGAUGGCGGCUUCGGUACCGUUUAUUAUGGCAAGCUCAAUGAUGGCCGCGAAGUCGCAGUUAAGCGCCUGUACGAGAGAAAUUUCAAACGGGUUGAGCAGUUCGUGAACGAAGUGGAGAUUCUAGCUCACUUACGGCAUCAAAACCUCGUGACGCUCUACGGGUGCACCUCCAGACGAAGCCGGGAACUCCUCCUCGUCUACGAGUACAUUUCAAAUGGAACCGUGGCCGAUCACCUCCACGGAAACAGGGCUGAAUCGGGUUUCCUUAGGUGGCCAGCUCGACUAAGUAUAGCCGUGGAGACGGCGGAUGCGCUGGCCUACCUCCAUGCGACCGACAUCAUCCACCGUGACGUCAAAACUAACAACAUUCUCCUGGACAAUAGCUUCCGCGUCAAAGUGGCGGAUUUCGGCCUCUCACGACUGUUCCCCAACGACAUGACUCACGUGUCGACAGCCCCGCAAGGAACGCCCGGCUACGUCGAUCCCGAGUACUAUCACUGCUACCAGCUCACCAACAAGAGCGAUGUUUACAGCUUUGGGGUGGUUUUGGUUGAGCUUAUCUCAUCGAAACAAGCUGUGGACACCAACCGGCACCGACAGGAGAUUAACUUGGCCAACAUGGCGAUUAGCAAAAUCCAAAACAGUUCGCUGCACGAAUUGGUUGAUCCGUGUCUUGGGUUUGAAACAGAUUACGGCGUGAGGAGGACAGUGACGCUGGUGGCGGAGUUGGCUUUUCGGUGCUUGCAGCAGGACAGGGAUCUGAGGCCUUCGAUGGUGGAAGUGGUGGAGGUUUUGAGGGGGAUUGAGAGCCAUGAGUUGAGUACGCGGAAGGGAGAGGUUGUGGACAUUGGUGGGGAUGAUGUUGGGCUUUUGAGAGGGAACAAUAUUCUCUCGUUUUCGCCGGAUUCGGUGGUGAAUGCUAAGUGGGUUAGCAGCUCUACUACACCAAAUUCUUGUUAGUGGUUAAGACUUGAGCUGUCUCUCACAUUCUGCUUAAUGUAAUAGGAAAUGGUAGGCGUAUUUUUUGUUUAUUUUUUACGCACAUAAUCAGAUGCCAUGAGAGGGUUAGAUUUUGAUGAUAUUUUGGCUUUCCUUUGGGUUUACAUAUUUUAUUGUUCAUAUAAUCAAGUUCAUCAGAAAAACUAUGGAGAGAUGAUAACUAGUAGAUGCAAAGAUUAUUUAUGGAGAAUUAAUGUACAUAAUGAAGCUACCUGCACUACACU